UUUGGAUUGUUUGCUUGCCCUUGCAAAACAAUCGCGCGUCUUGCAAAGCCCUUGUCCCGUGAGCGCAUCCAAUCUUUUGGCACCCGUUCCUAGAGGUCCUCUACCCCGGCCCGUUGCUACGAUGAGGUUCACGGCCCUUAUUUCGCUCUCACUCGUGGCUCUGGCGGCUGCCGUUCCCUACGGCAUCACCAGCAGCGCCGAGGCCAAGAGCCUGUUGAGGCAGCUCAGGGUCGCGGCCAGCGACUCGAGCAAGAGCUACAGCCUGGACCAGUUCGGCUCCGUGCAAUUGCGGACCGACACUUGCAAUUCCGAAGAAAUCGUGCUCUGGCGCGACGCGUCAGCCAACGCCCAGGUCGACAACACGUGCACCCUGACCACGGGCACCUGGACGAGCGCCUGGGACGGCGCGGUCUGGUCCUACAGCCAGCGGGACAAGGUCGUGGUCGAGCGGCUGGUGACCCUCAUGAAUGCAUGGAUCUCUGGCGCCAGCGCCUGGGACGCCGAUAGGCGGCAGCUGUUCCUCAACGACCUGGAGCGCCCCGAGCUGUGGGUCGUCACCGGGACCGUGGCUGCGGCCAGAGGCGACAAGGCGCCCAACGCCUGGAAGCCGCCCCUGGCCGCGGCGCACUGCACCUACGCCAUCAGCUGGGUCGACGUUAAGGGAUAUUGGGGCCUGUCCGUCACGGCGGCCGAGAAGUCGACGCUGACGAGCAUGCUCAACACGUGUUGAGGGGGAGGAUGAAGAAGGAGGUGUUUUUUUUUGUGGUGGUUCCGUGUUCGAUUUGGUGGUAAAAACAGGAUCCCAUUCAAUAUCCGUAUCCAAUAGCCAUCGUCUUUCUCAAGUUGCAACAAAUACACUCGGUUGUUUCAUUCA